AUGCACCACUCCGUCGCCACAGUCCCCUUGGCGGUCACCGCCGCCAUGCUUUACGCGCGCUUCGCUGCUUUCUCCACCCGCCCUGGCCUUUGCCGCCUCUUUGCGCUCAUCCCGGUGCUUGCCCUUCUUCUCGUGCUCCCCUUCCUCAUUCCGCUGUACGGCGUCCGGGGACUCGUUGCCUUCUUCCUUAUCUCCAAGGAUGCUGAUGUCAUAAAGACGAAGACGGUCCUCCUAUCUUCUAGUAUCAAGUUCGCUAUCACGGCGGUGAUUGUCCACCACCUCCACCACUCUAAGGAACGGACACACCCUUAUGCCGCUUUCGUCCUCUUCGGCGUCAUCACCUAUUGCAUCCUCGAUUCCGUGCUGCCGUGCCUCGCCGCGACGGGGAGGGCACUAGGCAUGGAGCUGGAGCCGCAGUUCAACAAGCCAUACCUCUCGGCCUCGCUUGAAGACUUUUGGGGCCGGCGGUGGAACCUCAUGGUGUCAGCAGUGCUCCGGCCAUCUGUCUACAACCCCGUCCGUGCACGCCUCGGCGUCCCCGCUGGCGUGCUAGCCACCUUCCUCGUGUCAGGCCUUAUGCACGAGGUGAUGGCAUACUACCUCACGUUCCGGGCGCCAACGGGGCAGGUCACGGCGUUCUUCGUGCUGCACGGCGCGUCUAUGUGCGCCGAGCGGUGGUGCGCUUGUAGGUGGAGCGCGAGGCCACCGCGUGUGGUGGCGACGCCGCUGGUCGUGGCGUUCGUGGUGAGCACAGCGUGCUGGCUGUUCUUGCCUGCUAUCUUCGGCGGUGGGAUGGAUGAUCUCUAUCUCGCCGAGGCCGCUGCACUUGCGUCAUCCUUCCGUGAUGUCGGCCUGUCGGGGCAAGGUUCCUAG